AUGGGUCAGAAGGUCACAGGUGGGAUAAAGACUGUGGAUAUGAGGGACCCUGUCUACAGACCAUUGAAACAGGAGCUCCAAGGACUGGACUACAGCAAACCCACACGGUUGGACUUGCUGCUGGACAUGCCUCCGGUGUCGUACGAAGUCCAGUUGCUGCAUUCCUGGAACAACGACGACCGCUCGCUCAACGUGUUUGUGAAGGAGGAUGACAAACUCAUAUUUCACCGGCAUCCGGUGGCUCAGAGCACAGAUGCCAUCAGGGGCAAGGUGGGCUACACCCGGGGGCUGCACGUGUGGCAGAUCACCUGGGCCAUGCGGCAGCGCGGGACGCACGCCGUGGUCGGCGUGGCCACGGCCGAGGCUCCUCUGCAUUCCGUGGGCUACACCACCCUGGUGGGCAACAACCACGAGUCCUGGGGCUGGGACCUCGGGCGCAACAGACUCUACCACGACGGCAAGAACCAGCCCAGUAAAACCUACCCUGCCUUCUUAGAACCAGACGAGACUUUCAUUGUGCCAGACUCUUUCCUGGUGGUUCUGGACAUGGAUGAUGGGACGCUGAGCUUCAUUGUGGAUGGGCAGUACAUGGGUGUUGCCUUUCGAGGACUCAAAGGGAAAAAGUUAUACCCGGUAGUAAGCGCAGUGUGGGGACACUGUGAAAUAAGGAUGUGCUACUUGAAUGGACUUGACCCUGAACCACUGCCUUUGAUGGACUUGUGUCGGCGAGCUGUGAGGCUUGCUCUGGGCAAGGAAAGACUGACUGAGAUCCCUACACUGCCACUGCCAGCCUCCCUCAAGAGUUACCUGCUCUACCAAUGACCUUUGUGUUCAAGGACAGAGCUGGAACCAAGGCAACAUAUCGGAGCUGACCCACCAAGCCAUGGGUUCUCCACCCUCGUGUCAUCGCUACUGUUGGAACUCCUUGGCCAAAGUAUUCCUGCCACUGCUUAAGCCUCCAUGUGCCCUUAUUGGCAAGCUCUCCAGUAAUCCUUGUUUCACAGCUGUUUUGUUCUCUGGAAGUCACUUCCCCAGCACACAACAAAAGGAACACUUAGAGGAGCUCUGUGCUUCCCUGGAUCUCCUGAGGAAAG